AAACCUAAAGCAAAAAUGCCUAAAACUAAGGUGUAUCGCAAAGCUGAGAUGAGAAGGAUAAGCAGAAUUGCUGCUCACGUUCCUGAUUUAGUCGUCUACAGUGACUUCAGAAAGAUACCCUAUGUGGAACAUUUCAAUGGCGUUUUACUAUUUGCAGAUGUAUCAGGUUUUACCGCACUUACUGAGAAAUUCAGUUUGAGCAACAAGAAGGGAUAUGGCGCAGACGAGUUAACCCGCACACUCAACAGCUAUAUUGGUGAUAUAGUAACCCAUAUUCUGGCAGCAGGAGGAGAUAUCCUGAAUUAUGCAGGGGAUGCGAUCCUGGCACUGUGGACAGUGGAGCGGUCACUGCUCAGUGAGGUCAUCUCUCUGGUGGUCAAAUGCAGCCUCAACAUUCAAGACAACUGUGGGGUUCGAGAGACUGCUGUGGGCUCCGUGCUUCGGGUGAAAAUAGGCAUAUCAGCCGGAAAGCUGUCCAAGGUGAUCAUGGGAAAUGAGGAAAACCAGUACUUUGUGGUGAUUGGUCGAGCGGUGGACGAGGUGCGCCUGGCCGAGGGAUUGGCCGUCGCCGGCAACAUUAUCCUGUCCCCCAACGCCUGGGAGCUGUGCGACAGGGCCAACAUCGCCGUUGACUUCAUUGAGAAUGAACGCGCUGUUAAGGUCAGAUAUCUGAAGAGAGAUCCCAACUUUUCGGUGGAGGCAUAUGAAGCAUCUGUCGGCAAGAAUGUUGAGCAUGACAAGACUAUUAAGGGCUGCAUCCGGAAGGCCUCCAGGCUCAUGCCGAACGAGGAACGAGAGAUGUUUAUGCAAAAGUACAUCAUAAAAACCGUCUUGCAGAAGAUUGACGCAGAGCAGGCGCUGGAGUACUUGUCCGAGAUGAGGCCGGCCACCAUAGUGUUUGUGAACCUGCAGUUCAAGAGCGAGCAUGCGGACGCGGAGCAGUGCAUGGCCAUCCACAAGGCCUCCCUGGGCAUCGGCCGGCACAUGGCCCAUCACCACGGCCGCAUCAACAAGGUCUUCAUGUUCGACAAGGGCUGCACGUUCCUGUGCCUGUUUGGUUUGCCGGGGGACAAGCGAGAGGACGAGAGCGCCCAUGCCCUGCAGGCCGCCUUCGGCGCCUAUGAGUUCUGCAGCAAGGAGAUCCGCAGCCUCAGGACUGUCUCUGUUGGUGUCACCACUGGCCCUGUGUUCUGUGGUGUAGUGGGCCAUAUUCUCAGGCACGAGUAUACAGUGAUUGGCAAGAAGGUGAACCUGGCGGCGCGUCUGAUGAUGUACUACCCCGGAGUGGUGUCCUGUGACUCCGAGACGCACCACUACUCGCGUCUGCCCCCCUCCUACUUCACCGAGCUGCCCAAGAAGCCCAUGAAGGGCUGCAAGGACCCGGGGCCCAUCUACCAGUUCACCACCAAGAAGGCUCGCAUAGCUGUGGGUCAGUCUCCGAUGUCUGUGGAGAGAGAUAAAGAGAGUCCUCUUCUAGGUCGUGAGAAGGAGAUGGAGGUCUACUCCAACAGUAUGAAGCAUUUCCAGGACGGCAGAAUGUUUGACACGCACACCUACGACAACGUGGUGAUCUUUGGUGGCGGUAGUGGCUACGGGAAGAGCCGCAUCCUGGCAGAGGUGGUCUAUCGGGCCCGGCGAGACGGAUUCAGAGUGGUGGCCUGUGAGCUUGUGAAGACGGACAUACACCAGCAGACAUACACCUUACAGACCCUACUGGCCCUUCUGCUGAAAGUGGAGUCGUGCAAGAGCUUUGCUGAGCGCGAGCGGGUCAUCCUGUCUCAGAUCGACAGCUCAGAGAUGAAGGACAAACUGUGUCUGCUUAACGAGAUCUUGCUGGUUAAGUUUCCUGUGUCGACCACAGUCUCUCUAAUGGACAAGGAGACGCGUGAAAAGGAGACCAAAAACUUCAUCUUGAAGCUCUUCUGUGAUUUUGCCCGGGACGAGCCGUGCAUCUACGUGAUCGACCAGGCGGACUUUGUGGACCACUCGUCCUGGGCCUUCCUGCUGGAGAUGUUGGCGCAGGCGCACGUGAUGCUGUUCCUGUCCGUGCUGCCGUACGCCAGCCAGCGCGACCGCACGCCCGAGCUGCUGGCUCUGCUGAAGGCGCCGCGCACCGUCUUCCUCAAGCUCAUCGGCCUCGAGCCCACCAUCAUCGCACAGUUUGCCUGCCAGAUCCUCGGCGUCAUACGCAUACCCACUGAGCUCGAGCUUUUCCUGGUGGAGAGGAGCCACGGGGUGCCGUACUACUGCUGGGAGCUGGUGAAGAGCCUCUACCUGUGUGGCAUGAUCUACAUCACCGAGCUGGAGGAGGAUGAGGAGUGCCCCGACCUGGACAUCCUCUUCCCCGGCCCCACCGUCACUGUGCCCAGGACCACCAAGUCCUUCACCGAGGACGAUCAGAGACGGAAAGCCUCCACCGGCAUUGAAACGGGUUUUAAAGAAGGCGGCUCGGCCCUAAAGUGUCGGAAGGUGGAAGCGUUGGACGAGGCAAAUUGCGGCGACCAGAAGUACAUCUGCUUGGCCAGCAAAGGAGCCAAGUUCUACGACAUCCCCAUCCCUCUCACACUGAAAGGUAUGGCUCUGGCCCACCUGGACCAGUUGCAGCCGGGCGAGCAGAUGGUGGUGAAGUGCGCCGCCAUCAUCGGCCACACCUUCACCACGCAGAUGCUGAUCAACAUCCUGCCGGAGCUGACGGAGGACAAGCUGAACGAGACGCUGGUCUCACUCUUCCGCUCGGGCACCUUCCUGUGCGGCUCGCGCUACGACGUGAACGACAUCAGCCUGGGCUCGGAGAAGUACGGCCUGCUCAGCUGCUUCUGCGACCGCGAGCAGGAGCGACCCAAGGGGGAGCAGCAGCAGCAGCAGGAGGAGAAGAAGGAGAGGAAGGAGGGAGCGCCAUGGGAGCAGGAGGAGGAGAGGAGCAGCAGCAAGAGCAGUCAAGAGGAGGUGUACCCGGCCUCCGUGGAGGGCAUGUGGCUGUGCGAGGUGAUGCGUUUCCGCACGGCCCUGGUGAAGGAGACGGCCUACGACCUGUGGCUGCAGGAGCAGCGGCGCGACAUGCACAGCAAGUGCGCCGCCUACCUGCUCAAGCACGCCCACCGCUGCUCCUACUGCCCCGACGACGAGUUCAUCUACGGCCACAAGAAGGUGGUGGGCCGCGACAUCAUCGAGAUCAACCCCGUGCUCAACGUCCAGGAGUCCUGCGAGAAGGUGCUGCUGGAGGUCAAGCAGAAACCUCCAAACCUGACCAAGCGCAGAGGAACGGUCAUGGUCAAUCCAGAGAUGAUGUCAGAAAACACGGAUGUGGAGGACAUGCUGGCGGCGCUUGAUGACAUCAUCCAGGAGCACCAGAGCGGGGCGCUGCAGAGUAAGAAGUGCCACUGUGUGCGGGUGGUGGACGUGGUGCUGAAUCCCAUGGCGCGCCACUGGAUGGGGGUGGGCGACGUGGCCAAGGCCCUCUACUACCUCAUUGAGACCGCUGCCGCCAACAUCUACCUCGCCAAGAACCUCAAGGCCCUGACCUACCUGAACGAGUGCCAGAUCAUUCUGGAGAACGUGAAGGCAGGAAGGUCUGCAUUCGACACCGCUGCCAAGAGCAAAGUGCGCAUCUGCAGGUUUGAGAAGGCCUGCGUGCAUCGCCUGAAAGGAGAGGUGCUGUUCAACACAGGCCAGCUGAAGGAGGCGGAGGCCAUGUUCCUCAAGGCUCUGAAGCUGCUGAACCACCGCAUGCCCUCAAGGAGCAUCACCACGGCCCUCAAAUUCGUCUUCGAGAGGCUGCGCAGGACGCACGUCAACAAACACAAGCCCGACAGACCAGAGGAGAAGAGACUGGCAUAUCUGCAUGAGCAGAUCUACUCGUUGUCCUACAUGUGGAAGAUCAGCUGCAUCAAGAGGCUUCCCAACAUCCGCCGUGGCACGCUGGCCAUCGUGAUGGAGGGAAACUGUGCUAAGUACACCACAGAGCAGGACAAGCUGAUGUUGUACAUGCUGGACAAGUUCCAGUUCAGCCAGGUGGCAGGCCUGGAGGAGGAUUGCCGUCACUACGAGCAGAAGCUGCUGGCCCUGUGCAGCGAGCUGCCCGACACGCCCGACGCCUACCGCCUCAUCUCGCACUUCAUACGCAACCUCUGCUUGGUACGCCUAUGCGAGGGACGCCUAGAGGAUGCCAUACAGUAUGGCUUCCAGGCCAGGAGGGCGAUCAAGGUGUUGAACCAGGUGGGAGUUGACAUGUGGCUUCUGGCCAGCCUCUGCCUCCCUAUGCUAUUCACCGGCAGAUAUGGCUCCUGUAAUCUGAUGACCGUGAGGCUGGAGCACCUGAGCAAUGUGACGGGUGUCACCACCGCUAAAGGCUGGUUCUACACCGCCUGCUUCAACUGCAUGCUUUACGCCGGUUUUAUGGUCAGGCAGCUGGAUGAGUGUCUGCUUUUUGUGGAGGAGUCUCAGUCUGACCCCUGUCUGCUGGCGGAUAAAGGCCUGAUGUUCACACUCUACUCAGCCCUGGCCCUCUGGUAUGUGAGGUUGACGGACUGGAAUCGUUCGCGUAUGUUCUACAUGCAUGCGAGUGCGCUGUCUCGUGAAGCCCCCUCCACGCUGCAGUCCAUCAGUGGCAGGAUCAUGUUUCUGGAGGUCAACGUGCUGCUCGUCAAGAAGGCCUUGAUGGAAUUCAACCCCAACAUAAAGCACAUAUACAAGGCCACACUCAAGUGUUUUGCGGACUUUAAGCAGCGCUACAGCACCAACCAGAUCUACAGUGCGCGGGUGCUGCACCUGCGUGCCUACCUGAACCAGCUGACUGGCCAGGAGGGCGCGGCCCAGCAGCUGCUGCAGAAGGCCCUGACCAUCUGCGACGCCCAGGGGAACAAGCUGGAGAGGAGCUGGAUACAACAGAACCAGGAGGUUUGGCAGCUGCCGCCGGAGGAGCAGGAGAAGGGCCACCUGUCGUGGUUCGUGGCCACCAUGACCAUGCCCGAGUGGGACGACUCGUGUCCGCCCACGCACGAGGAGCUGCGACAGCACCGCUACGUCUUCACCACGCCAACGCUGUCUGCCCUCACCCCCAAGACCUCCGCGCAGCUCACGGGCUCCGUCUCUGGGCAAGUCAUGGGCAAGGCCUCUACCAUCCGCCCUGCCGAGCGGUCACACUCGCACUCGCGCAAGAGCACGCCCGAGGAGGAGGAGAAGGGGGCCUGGACAGACACCAGGACGGGGAGGGUGGAGUGGGCCACCCCCACGCACAAGGAGGCGGCCCGGAUCGGGUGGGUUGAAGAAUGUGAGCUGGUCAUUGCGGGCACGACGGUCAUCAAUGGGGAGGUGGUCAACGGUGAGCCCGGCGAUGACGGUGAGGCAGGCUCGUUCGUUGAGGCAAGUGACCUCCAGUCAUUGCAGGACGUCCUCCUCACUUCCGAAAUUGCUGAGAGUGAGGCGCCGCACGUCGCCGGGAAUGUGUGAAUAGGUUUUUGCCCUAUACAUGGUUUAAGGAACUGUCACGCUUUGUUUUGUUUUUCUUCUGAUGCUGUCCAGGAAAAAUAUGUAAAUAAAGUCAAGAACAUAC